AUGGUAACAAAAAAGGCUAGGAUCGAACAGCAUUCCCCUAGAGACGCAGCCAUGACCGAGACCAUUACCAUUCGACGCCCCGAUGACUUUCAUCAUCAUUGCCGUGACCAGCCAAUCACUCAGGCUGUAUUGAAACAUGCGGUCCCAAGAUUCGCCAGAUGUAUGAUGAUGCCCAACUUGGUGCCGCCGGUCACCACCGUCCAGUUGGCCUUGGAAUACAAAGAGAGAAUUAUGUCAGCCAUGCCACCAGAACCUCACGCAAAGUUUCAACCACUCAUGUCACUAUACUUGACUGACAAGACAGAUCCAGAAGAGAUUCGCAAGGCGUGUGCGCUGAAGAAUGAGGACGGGACCCCAACGGUCAUCGCUUGCAAGUAUUAUCCUUCUGGUGCGACAACCAAUUCUGCCUCUGGAGUCACUGAUUACAAGAAUCUCUUCCCAGUUUUGGAAGCCAUGCAAGAACUUGGCAUGAUGUUGUGCAUUCACUCGGAAGUCACUCACGGUGAUAUCUUUGAUCGUGAACCAGCCUUUAUUGAUGAAAUUAUGAAACCGAUAGUGGCCAAAUUCCCCAAACUGAAGAUUGUGAUGGAACACAUUUCCACCAAGGCAGCUGUCGACUAUGUGCUUUCUGCACCGGACAAUCUCAAGGCCUCUAUCACACCCCAGCACCUUAUGUACAACCGCAACCAUUUGUUAGUUGGUGGUAUCAAGCCCCAUUUGUACUGCCUUCCCAUUCUAAAGGCAGAGGUCCACCGAGUGGCCCUCGUCGAGGCGGCUACCAGCGGCAACCCGAAGUUCUUCUUGGGAACCGAUUCGGCGCCGCAUGUGACCUACAGGAAGGAAUCGGCUUGUGGAUGUGCUGGUGUAUUUUCGGCACACGCGGCCAUUGAAUUCUACACCCAGGUCUUUGAAGAGGAGGGCAAGCUGGAUAAAUUGGAAGACUUUUGCAGUAGCUAUGGAGCUGAUCACUAUGGCAUUCCACGAAAUACAGAGACAAUCACAUUGGAAAAGAAAGCUUGGAAGGUCCCUGCCCAGUAUCAAUUUGGGGAACAUCCUCUUACGCCAUUGCAAGCAGGAGAAGAGAUUCCGUGGUCUAUUGUGGGAUUAGAAAAGGUUCCAGGAGUGUAG